CCACAAAUACCCACAACUAUCGAUAGUAAGAGCAUUUCGCAAACUCAGCGCCGUCGCGCUCUAUUUAAAGAUAGGCUUUGGUCGAUGCUGUUUGUUGCUCGUUCACCCACGCUAUCCUUACGCCUAUCGACAUGUAAGCUCGUUAUUCUCCCCGCCAACUUACUCGCUGUCCUCAUCGCCACCCGAGGACGACGCGCCGCUUCCACCCUGCCGACUCCCGAGCGAACCCCCGCGAGUUUUCAACCCUUGCCAUGGUGAUUAAACGACUCUAGCGUCAGGGACUCGCGCUCUUCAAUCACCAUGUCCAAUCCCCCUUCGUCCAACGCAGCCGUCCUUAGCGUGCCCUCCACCGACGAUGACUCUGCGUCCAUGAUCAUUGCUGACACUAAGGUGUCAGCUAAUUUCCCUCCUCCCAAGACGGAUAAGCCUCGCCCGCACGUUUGCGGCACCUGCCAGCGGUCUUUCGCCCGAUUGGAACAUCUCGAGCGACACGAGCGCUCCCACACCAAGGAGAAACCCUUCGAGUGUCCGGAAUGCAAUCGACGCUUCGCCCGUCGCGAUAUGCUGCUGCGUCACCAACAGAAGCUUCACCAGACGUCGACUCCGUCGUCCCGUCCCCGCAAUCGUCGCGAGUCCGCCGGCGGCAUCCCCUCUGGCCAGCAAGGCGACCAUGUGAUUUGCCAGUAUCCCACAUAUGGCCAGCUAUACCCUGUACCACAGUUUAACGGUGUGGAUGUUGGCUCGUGGAAGAUGGAUGAGGAGAAUAAAUGGCUACCCAGCAUUGAUGAGACCUAAGACCAAGGCGAUUAUACUCAAUACCCCAAAAAACCCGACUGGUGCCGUUUUGAAGAAAGACUUUCUUUCCAAGGUGAUCAAAGUUGCCAGUAGCCGCAGCAUCUUUGUUUUCAGUGACGAGGUUUUCAAUCCCCUGGUCUUCAACAGUCCCAAGCCACCCUCACUGGUGACUCUCGGCUACGAGCACAGCGUUGCUACUGGCUCACUAUCUAAAGCCUUUGCUAUUCCUGGCAUACGAUAGUGUCGCCUCGUUCGCCCUGAACCCGACUGUGAUGCCCAAGGUGAUGGAACGCAAUCUUUCUCUAUGCCGAGAGAGCGUCCUGCUUCUGGAAGACUUUGUCAAUCGAAACAAGACGCGGGUUCGCUGGGUUAAGCCACAAGGUUCGGGAAUGGCAUUCAUCAGGAUGCUCAACUCUGAUGGUGAGCCAGUCGAUGACGCAGAGUUCUGCAUGAAGUUGAAGGAGGAAGAGGGUAUUUGCUUGGUUCCAGGAGGACACUGUUUUGGCGAAGGCGAUGCAGGUGACUUUAAAGGAUAUGUACGGAUCACGCUGGGAAAUCCAACUUUAUUGCGGGAGGUCCUACCCUUGUUGGGGAAUUUCACACAGAAACAACGAGUUGUACGAACAGGCGACAAGCCUGUAUCCGAUGGAUUA